AUGUCUACCUCCAACACACAAGAAGAUGUUUACAUAGAAUAUUUAAAUUAUGAUUGGGAUUCUUUCCAAGAAUUUCAAGAUGGUUUACAAGAAAUUAUGGAUAAUUAUUUACAGAACUUGAAGGAACAAGAUCCAUCCGUUACUUCCAUACCUAAUUUAGACAAACAACAAUUGAUAAACCAAGCCAAGUCGUUUUUCUUUUGUAACAAAACUGGUAAUAUUAUAAAUUUAGAUGAUUUUGAAGAUUGGAAGUUGCAUAAUGAAGAUAAGUUUAAGAAAGACAAACAAAUUGAGGAGUUGGGUACAUCUGAGAGUACAUCAACAAACAAUCAAAGCGAUUCUGAUCCACCAUACUCUUCAAACUAUCAAGAAUUGGUAGGGUUGUUAAUGCUGGGAAAACCUAUACCUGGGAUCAAACAAAUACCUGAUACAGUAUUGACAGAUCAAGGGUCAACUGCUUCUGCUUCACAAAGAACUAAACCGUGGGAAAAGAAUAGACUGCCAGAAACAACCGAGGAAGUUUCUUUUGUAUAG